CCGGGUGAGGCCUGUACUUCCGGUGCGGCCUAGGCUUGUUGGCAUCUUUCGGUGCCAACCGAUCCCGGGCCUCCGCCAUGCCCAAGGCUAAGGGGAAGACACGGCGAAAGAAGUUCGGUUACAACGUCAACCGGAAGCGGCUGAACCGGAACACCCGGCGGAAAACGGCGCCCCGGAUCGCCUGCUCGCACAUCCGCCACGCCUGGGACCAUGGCAAGUCCGUGCGCCAGAACCUGGCCGAGAUGGGGCUGGCGAUGGACCCCAACAAGGCCGUGCCCAUCCGCAAGAAGAAGGCACAGCUGUCGGCGAUGGAGGUGGACAGCCCCGCGGAGCGGCCCAAGACGCUCGUCAGGAAGCCCUAUGUCCUGAACGACCUGGAGGCUGAGGCCAGCUUACCGGAGAAGAAGGGGAACACCCUCUCCCAGGACCUCAUCGAUUAUGUCCGCUACAUGGUGGAGAACCACGGGGAGAACUAUAAGGCGAUGGCCCGGGACGAGAAGAACUAUUACCAAGACACGCCGAAGCAGAUCAAGAGCAAAAUCAACGUGUACAAGCGGUUCUACCCCGAGGAUUUCCAGGCCUUCGUCACCUCCCUGCAGCAGAGCAAGAUGGAGUGCCAGUGAACGGUCCCUAGGUGGGAUGCCCGGACGGGCAGAGGCUGGGUGACGGGCAGAGCCCGGCGGGCGGGGUUCCCUGUGGGCACCGGCUCCCAACCAGUGGGCUCUCCGGAGGGAAGAGACGAGAACUGAGGUCCACCUGGUUCUUGCGCACGCCUCCCGCCGGGCCCAGCCAUGAGGGCGAGAGCGAACCAAGCGAGCCGCCCGCGCCGGGGAUGGCAGGCCUGGCUGGUCCGGGGACCCAUUAAAGCUUCUCCUCUUUG